AUGCGCCUUGCCGCCGCUGCCCUCCUCGCGGCCGUGGCCGUCGAAGCGCUGGGCGACCUGCCUGCCGCCAACGGCCACGCCAACAGACCGCAGCACUACUUCCCGCGCCUCGUCAAGCGAGACCUCGACCGCACGCCAUGGGGCCUGAAGAAGGCAGGCAAGGAGGAGACCGUCGACAUGGACAGGCGCGAGGUCGUAGUCGUCCCCGUCACCGUGCAGCGGGCGCCAGACGGCAGCCUGCACACCCUCACCGGCCAGCCAGACGGGGCGCCCCAUGCCUACAACGCCCUCGUCCAGCCUACCACCACCGACGCAACGGGGAACGCAACCACCACUGCUACCACCACUGCCACGACGACUGCAGCUGGUUCUUCCAGUGCAAGCGAAAGUGAGAGCGCCAGUGGAAGUCCUAGUGAGCCUACGCCCUCGGUGCCGACUCCCACGGUGCCCUCGCAGCCAUCUGCACCGACCCUGCUUCCAACGGCCCCAACGCCCACGGAACCCUCUGAACCCGCUGAGCCAACCAAGCCCACUGAACCUACGGAGCCGUCGAUGCCCACGGAGCCUACUGCACCUACUGCACCUACUGCACCCACUGGAUCUACUGAACCUACUGGGUCUACUGGGCCGACCCAGCCAAGUCAGUCGCCCUCUCAGCCUGCCACGACCCCUGAGACCGAGGCUCCUACACUGCUCCCCACCGUGCUCCCUACCGUGCUCCCUACUCAGGCACCGUCCUCUUCUCAGCCACAGACUCCCCCCCAGGUACCGUCUUCUGAGCCUCAGUCGAUGCCAACCCAGGCUCCUACUCAGACUCCUCCUACUCAGGCCUCUUCUCAGGAACCAUCCACUCCCGCCACUACCCCUGCAACCACCCCCGAUGGCACCCAGACUACCGUCCCAUCCACGCCGCCAACGCAGUCAAUGCCUUCAAUGCCUUCCAUGAGCCCUUCAGAGGGAGUCAGCCACACUGGACCACCCACCGGAGACAGCACUCUCAUCCCCCUGCCCACUCUGCUCCCCACGGCCUCGUCUCCUUCUGCUCCCCCUACCGCCGGCCGGCCCACCACAUCUGAUCAGACCGGCCAGCCUGGCCAGUCCAGCCAGCCAACUCCUCCCGGCCAGUCUUCUCAGCCAACUGAAGCACCCACCAUCCCUACUACUUCUGCCACCGGAGGCAUGACCUACACGGGUGGAGGCUCUGGCACCGGUGCUGUCCCCAGCUCUACCUCUGAGAGCACUGGCAUACUCCCUACCCUCCUCCCAGUGCCCUCUGAUAGUACCGCUACCGGAACUGGGACUGCCACCGGUACUGAGACUGCUACUGGUACUGCUACUGGUACUAAUACUGCUACUGCCACUGGAACUGCUACCGGCACCGAGACUGGAACUGUGCACUGCUACCGCUCUCCAUCCAACCCCCGUUUUCCAUCUCCCAUUCCAAUUUCCCUCUCGACCGGCACCGAGUUCCCUACCUACUCUCCCACCGGGCGACCCAGCUACCGUCACCGGCCCUGGCAGCGGAACCGCUCCUACUUGCCACUCCUACUACCGUUCAAAAAAAAAAAUGGCACUGGUACUUCCACCGGAACGGCUACCAGCACUGGCACUGGCACUGCUACCGGAACCGAUACUGCAUCCACUGGAACUGCAACUGGAACUACUGGAACUGCCACUGGAACAUCUACUGGAACCGAGACGGCUACCUCAGUCACCUUCCCGUCACUCUCAAUCCCAACGGGCACCGACUCGACUUCUACCGGCACUGCGCCAACCACCAGCGGCACCGGCAUGUUCCCUUCAUCCACCGUCAGCAGCGGAACCGGCGUCACCUCUACUCCCACUGGCACUUCGGACUCCAGCACCUACUCCCAUCCCACGGCCACAGAGACCUCCAGGUCUGGCUCAGAGACCUCCACCGACCGUCCCUCGACCAUGAUGACCAUCACCACCCGCCCGUCCAGCUCGCCAACUCCAACCACUCCCACCACCACCGUCCCCAUCUCUACCAACUCCGAGACCAGCCUCUCUGUGCCAACCUCCAUCAUCGUCCAGACCUCGACCACCACCACCUCGGCCACCGCAACCCAGUCUCCCAAGCCGCUGCCAUACAUCAUCUCACCACCCAACGCCCAGCCACCACCGCCAAACUCGAUCCUCAUCCAGCUGGGCUUUAACGCCUCGCUCUCCUACGAGUUCAUCGCCGGAAACACCGACGUCGUCAGCCAGCUCUUCAAGUACGUGCCCCAGGGCGUGUCCUACGCUGUCGAAGUCGAUGCCUCCCUCACCCCCAUCUCCGGCAUCGCACAGUACGACAGAGGCACCAAGAAGGGCUACACCACCGCCGUUGUCCUCGUCCACAUCCCCAAGGACACAUACCAGGUCCUCGCCAGCGCCCUCACCGCACCCGUGUCCAGACUCUACACCAACCCAGACCCGUCAGUCCGCACCGUCAUGUCCAUGAUCGACCCAACCAUCCCCUUGCUUCCAGGAGGCUCAAGCUAUCCUGGUCCAGGCGGUAGCCCAGGCACCCCCGGUGGCACUCCCGGCUCAGGCAGCGAUGGCGGCAGCGGUGACGGUUCCAACGGCGGAGACAACAACACAGGUCAAGGUCCCGGAGGCUCAGCUGGCGCAACCGGCGUCAAACCAGCUGCCGUCGGCAUUGGCCUGGGUGUUGUGGGUGGAGCUGCCCUGUACGGAGCAGCCAUGUUCUUCGUUGCGCGCCGAUACAGAAAGAAACGCAAUUUGCACCGUCGAUCGGACUCGCUGACCAGCAUGAGCAGCCCAGUCCCCUAUCAUGACGAGCAACGUGCUGGCAGUCCGUUCGCGGGCACGGCUAGCAUGAAUGACCGACACUCGGGUGCUGGCAGCGGUCGGACAGCGCAGAUCAGUGCGCCUGUCAUGGCUGAAAAUUCCCUUGGCUGGAAUUAA